AGAGAAUCUCCAUUAUUGUCUCCGGAAUCAGAAGAUUCUGCGUCGCCUCUCUCUCGUCAUCUUCCGCUUCAAACCUCACCGAUCAUCGGAUGUUGAAACAAGUUCUUGAAUCAUGCAAAGCUCCUUCAAAUUCUAAAUGUGUUCUUCAAGCACAUGCUCAUAUCUUUAAACUUGGAUAUGGAACAUAUCCAUCUCUUCUUGUCUCCACAGUUGCAGCUUAUAGACGCUGCAACCGUUCAUAUCUUGCUCGACGGCUUCUUCUUUGGUUCCUCUCUUUGUCACCUGGUGUCUGUAACACAAACGUAAUCAUUGAGAGUCUUAUGAAAAUUGGAGAGUCUGGUUUGGCCAAGAAGGUUCUUCGUAACGCUAGUGAUCAGAAUGUGAUCACCUGGAAUUUGAUGAUUGGUGGUUAUGUUAGAAAUGUUCAGUACGAAGAAGCUUUGAAAACUCUUAAGAAUAUGCUUAGUUUUACUGAUAUUAAACCGAAUAAGUUCAGUUUCGCUUCCUCUUUAGCUGCUUGUGCCCGUCUUGGAGAUCUACACCAUGCAAAGUGGGUGCAUUCUCUGAUGAUUGAUGCUGGGAUUGAACUUAAUGCAAUAUUGUCUUCUGCACUUGUCGAUGUGUAUGCAAAGUGCGGAGAUAUAGAAACUUCGAGGGAGGUUUUCUAUAGUGUUAAACGGAAUGAUGUGUCGAUUUGGAACGCGAUGAUCACGGGUUUUGCUACUCAUGGGCUAGCCACAGAAGCAAUCAGAGUGUUUUCAGAGAUGGAAGCAGAACAUGUUUCACCAGAUUCUAUAACAUUUCUCGGGCUUUUAACAGCGUGUAGCCAUUGCGGUUUGCUCGAAGAAGGGAAAGAGUACUUUGGUCUAAUGAGUCAGCGGUUUUCAAUACAGCCAAAGUUAGAGCACUACGGGGCUAUGGUUGAUCUGCUAGGCCGGGCAGGACGGGUAAAAGAAGCUUAUGAGUUGAUAGAAUCAAUGCAGAUCGAGCCAGAUGUGGUGAUUUGGAGGUCUCUUCUUAGUUCCUCCAGAACUUACAAGAAUCCCGAGCUAGGAGAAAUCGCGAUACAGAAUCUUUCAAAGGCAAAGAGCGGAGACUAUGUGUUGCUUUCGAACAUCUAUAGCUCCACGAAGAAAUGGGAGAGUGCUCAAAAGGUUAGAGAAUUGAUGACUAAGGAAGGAAUCCGUAAAGCAAAAGGAAAGAGUUGGGUGGAAUUUGGAGGGAUGAUACAUCGGUUUAAGGCAGGGGAUACAUCUCAUAUAGAAACAAUGGCUAUAUACAAAGUAUUAGAAGGUUUGAUACAGAAAACGAAGUCUGAAGGAUUUGUGUCUGACACAGAUUUGGUGUUAAUGGAUGUCUCUGAAGAGGAGAAAGAGGAGAACUUGAAUUACCACAGCGAAAAGCUUGCGUUGGCAUAUGUGAUCUUGAAGAGUAGUCCAGGAACAGAAAUUAGAAUUCAGAAGAAUAUACGGAUGUGUAGUGAUUGCCACAACUGGAUAAAAGCUGUGUCGAAGUUGUUGAAUAGAGUGAUUAUAAUGCGGGAUCGGAUACGGUUUCAUAGAUUUGAAGAUGGGUUGUGUUCUUGCAAAGAUUACUGGUAAAAGAGAUAGGCUACAAGAGCUAUCUAUCUGCAUUCUUUCUUCGCAAACUCGCAAAAGGAACGAUCAAGAAACUGAAAUAUUACAGGAACUUUUAAGCUGAGUUGAAGCAUGAAGCUGAGUUAUCAGAUAGAUGCACUCUGAACUAUUGAGAAAGUUUAGUAAGUUUUGGGAAUGUUAAAGUUUUAUGGAAACUUGGUGAUUUACCAUUUUGUCCUACUAAAGUGGCAGUAAUGUGUCUUGGAUCGGAGGGUAUAAGGGUAAUAAUAAAGAAAUGUUAGAAUU